AUGUCCUUUGCUAAAGGAGCUCUAAAAGACGAGCAACGCAGGAGGAUAGAGGCAAAUCGAAAAAGAGCCCUCGAAAGAGCCCAGAAGCGAAAUGGCGUGGAGCCUCCCAGCACAUCUACAGCAAGCUCCACUGGAGCCGAACGCACCCCAGCUCCUUCCAGCACUCCUGUCCCAACCACAUCGAUGAAUCAGAUCCGAAAUGGAUUCCACUUACCGAACGAGGAGCCUAGUCUAAAGCGACCUAGGGUCGAAUUAACCCCAGAACAGCGCAAACGAAUAGAGGAAAACCGCAAGAAGGCUCUCGAAAUCCGCAAGAACUUGGCCCAAAAUAAUCGUGAUGCAACAACAACUGCUCCUAGGCCCAUUCCAGUGCCAGAGGGCCUCAAAAAGGCAGUUGAGGCACAGACAAAGAAUACACCAGGCUCCAAAUAUGAGGUGCCCUCCAUAAAACGUAAAGACUACAUUGAAUUCGAUUUUUCAACAUUGACAGACUCCCGUGGUGGUUUUCUUAAUGAUGAGACUGAGCCUGAGGUUACUGCUGAUAGUCUUAGUUUAGAGCAAUGGAAGGAAAAGCAGAAGGAGCAGCUUAUCGUUAAAGAUUUGGCUCCCCCCAUUGACAUUGAAAAUGCACCCAAAUGCUUUGAGUGCGGAUCCCUAGAAAUUGACCCCAAUCUCUUCACCAAUUUCUGGCAGGUGAGAGCGUGUCGUAAAUGUGUCAAGGAGAAACCAGAAAAGUACUCGUUGUUGACCAAGACAGAGUGCAAGGAAGACUAUCUUCUCACUGAUCCCGAGCUCAGGGACGUAGCAUUGUUACCAAGAAUUGAAAAGCCCAAUCCACAUGGCUACUCGCGAAUGCAGCUUUUCUUGAGGUUCCAGGUGGAGCAGUUUGCCUGGAAAAAAUGGGGUUCGUCCGAGAAACUCGAUGAAGAAUGGGAGAGGAGAGAAGCCAUGAGAAUCAAGAGAAGAGAUAAAAAAUACAAUGACCAGCUUUUGGAGAUGAGGAAGAAGACAAGAGCGGAAGAAUACACCAGAAAAUUGAGAAAUGGCCACAGUUUGGGUGACAGACAUGUCCAUGAUUGGUCUGCGCCCUUGAGCAUUCCGGGAGAGGAGAAUAUGGUCAAGAAGAGGUGCAUCGACUGCGGGGUCGAGACUGAGGAAUUAGUUUUUAAUUUCUAG